AUGUCGUUGAACGAGAGACUCGACAAGAUCAGGUCGCAGCCCAAGCUGUCGGGCAUGCAGCAGACCGCUGUCGUGCUCGGCGCAGUCGAAGAUACUCUGCGUUCACAGAAUGCUGAACAAACACCCACUGCCUACUUUGCAGCUCUUUUGUCGCUGCUGGCGCAGUUUGACAUGUCCAACAAGGAAACCGCCUACGCCGUUGUAUACCUUCUCGACCUCGUCACCCCUCACGUUCCCGCGCCUCUGUUGCGCUCAAAAUUUAGUCAGAUUCUAGGCAGUCUCGCCCCCGCUCUUACACACCCGGAAGCAGAGGCCCCCUUAUUACGCUCGAGUAUUGGAUGUCUGGAAUCGUUGCUGGUUGCACAAGAUGCUCAAGCCUGGGCUCUCCCUGCUUCGUCGCUAAGUCCUCGUCGCGCAGUCUCUGGUCUGCUUGGUCUUGCCGCCGACCACCGUCCCAAGGUCCGCAAGCGAGCCCAGGAUGCUCUUAGCAAUGUCCUCAAGAACCCUCCACCCAGCCCUUCGCUCGAUCACCCAGCUUCCGACAUGGCUGCCGAAACCUCGAUGCGCUUGCUCCAGGAUGCUGCUGAGAAGUCUGCAAAAGCCAAGAAGGCAAAGAAAGGAGCAAAGGAACAAGAGAACGACCCUGCUUUGAUGCACGCCUUGCAACUCGUCAAGGUUAUCGCCACUGCUGCAAAUGGAUGGCCGUCGCGCAAGAUCGACUCGCUGUGUGAGCUUUUGCUUGCAAUCUCGAAGUCCAGCCACGAAUUCCUUGUCAUGUCCGCUUUCGAGGUCUUUGAGAUUAUCUUUGCUGGUUUGGCCAAUGAGGUUUCUGCUGCAAAGCUGCCUCGUUUGUUGGAGGUUAUUGGCGAGCUUCAGCCUUCUCAGAACGAUUCGCAACUCCUUCCUCCUUGGAUUGCCGUCAUCUCAAGAGGAUACGAUGUUGCCGCUCAGCUCGACCCCGAGGAGACUUUUGCAAAAUUACCAACACUUUUCACCCAAAUUUCCGCCUUCCUCGCUUCUUCCUCGCACAACAUCCGCAUUUCUGCCUCGGAAUGUCUGAUCUCUUUCCUGAACACCUGCAUUCCUGACUCAGUUCUCCUUGAGCCUUCAAUUUACGACGAGAAGGUCUUUGAGAGUCUUGGAAACCAGGUUAAUGAUCUCCUCAGCAUCAAAUAUCAAUCUGCCUGGAUGGAGGUCUUUUCCGUCAUUGGUGCCAUGUUCGACACAUUGAAGUGGCGCUCUCAGGGUAUCCUCAACACUGCUGUCAAGACUGUUGGUGAUCUCCGUGGAAAUGAUUCGUUCUCUGGAAAGAAGGAGGCAGACGCUGUUCUCGGAAAGGCCAUUACUGCCAUGGGACCUGACAAUGUUCUUGAAAUUUUGCCGCUCAACUUGACCAAGCCUGUUCCCGGACAACCUGGACGUGCCUGGAUGCUCCCUAUCCUUCGUGACUCUGUCAGAAACACUCGCCUCGCUCACUUCCGUGCCGAGCUUGUUCCUCUCAGUGAGGCCAUGUUCCAGCGUGUCUUGAACCACGGCGCUGCCGAGAAGACUAUGGAGAUCAAGAUUUUUGAGACCAUUGUUUCACAGAUUUGGGCCACUCUUCCCGGAUACUGUGACCUUCCCCUGGACGUCACUGAAGCUUUCGAUCAAACAUUUGCUGAGAUGGUCGCAAACCUCCUCUACUCGCAACCUCAGCUCCGUACUGAACUUUGCAGAGCCCUCCAGAACAUGGUCGAGUCGAACCAGACCGUGCUCUCCAUCGAGGGCGAGGAAGACCUCGUCGCACAAGGCAGAGUCUCCAGAGCUGACGCACAGAAGAACAUUCAGCAUCUCUCAGGACUUGCUGGUAACAUUCUCGCCGUUUUGUUCAACGUCUACAGCGAGACUCUACCUCAAUACCGUGGAACCAUUCUCCAGGCAAUUAAUGCCUACCUCAGUAUCACUCCUGAGGCAGAGCUGAUGGAAACUUUCACCCGUGUCGCUUCUAUGCUCGAAUCAUCUCUCGGUGAGAGCGGACCUCAGACCCAAGCCGACAAGCAAAAGGAAACCAAGGGUCCCAACAAAAUGCCUCCCAUGUCUCACACUCUUAUGGAUCUGGUCAUCACAAUUUCUAUCUACCUUCCUCGUGAGAGUUUUGCUGGACUCUUCAACAUGGCCGCCAUCAUCGUCAACAACGACGCUGACCCGCAGCUGCAGAAGAAGGCCUACAAGCUAAUUCCUCGUCUUGCUGAAUCAGAAUCUGGUCGUGCAGCUAUCGUCGAGCGUAACUCCGACUUGCAGCAACUCCUUCUCCAGGCUGGUCCUAAGGCUGCUGCACCUUCUCGUCGCGACCGUUUGACUGCCAUCUCUCAAAUCAUCCCCGCCCUUCCCAAGGAAGACCUCCACUUUAUCCCCUCCAUCCUCUCCGAAGUCGUCAUCAGCGCAAAGGAGGUCAACGAGAAGGCACGAACUGCCGCUUUUGAACUUCUUGUCCAGAUGGGUGAGAAGAUGGCCGAAGGUGGUACCGUUGUUAACGCAAAGGUCCCUCACAUGCCCGAUGAUGCCGCUCCUGUAGAAGCCAGUCUGGAAGAAUACUUCACCAUGGUUUCCGCUGGUCUUGCUGGAUCCACUCCUCACAUGAUCUCCGCCUCCAUCACUGCUCUCGCUCGCCUUCUCUACGACUUCCGCAACACCCUCUCCGAGCCUGUUAUCCUUGACCUCGUCCAAACAAUGGAUCUGUUCCUCACAUCUGCCAACCGUGAAAUCGUACGAUCAUGCCUUGGUUUCGUCAAGGUUUGCGUGCUCUCUCUUCCCACAGAUCUCAUGCGUCCCCGUCUUGCGACUCUUAUCCCCAACCUCAUGGUUUGGAGUCACGAGCACAAGGCCCACUUCAAGCUUAAGGUCAAGCACAUUUUCGAGCGCAUGAUCAAGCGUUUCGGUGUCGAGAUCGUUGAGAAGCACUGCCCCGAAGAAGACAAGAAACUCAUUGCCAACAUCCGCAAAUCGCGCGACCGUGCAAAGAGAAAGAAGGAAGCUGGAAAGGACGACGAUGCCGAAGCCGACGAUGCAACAACCACACGCAAAGGCAAAUUCGAGUCAGAAUACGACGAGCAAGUCUACGGCAGUGACGAAGACGACUCUGGCUCUGACAUUUCCGACGACGAGGUGCUGGGUCGCUCGGCAGCCAAGGGCCGCAAGGCCAAGUCAGCGGGCGGCAACACCUUCAUCGUCGAAGACGAAGACGAGCCCCUCGACUUGCUGGACCGCAAAGCCCUUGCCAACAUCUCUUCCACCAUCCCCUCUAAAUCACGCACUGCACCUGCAACCCGCAAACCCGCCAAGAUGGACCUGGACGGCAAACUUGUCUUCAACGAUGCAGACUCUGACGACGAAAUCAUGGAGUUCGAUGAUAAUGGCAACGCUGCAAGUCUUGAAGAUGGAAUUAAUGCUUACGUCGAAGCCAUCAAAGGCAGAGACGCAGCCAUCCGCGGCCGCGGCGGAAAACUCAAAUUCAAGAACCGUGGAAACAAGAAUGCCGCAGAUGAUGACAACGAUGAAAUGGAAGUUGAUGUCAAGGAGUUUGCUGAUGCGCGUGCCAAACCCCAACGAAGGAGUCUUGGUGGCGAGCGUGGGUCUGCUGGCCGUGGUGGCAGAGGUGGUCGUGGCGGUCGUGGAGAUUCUCGCGGUGGACGUGGUGGUAGAGGUGGUAGAGGUGGUUCGUUUGGCGAUCGUAGAGGUGGUGGUCAUCAUGGUGUUAACAAGGGCCGUUUUGCACCCAAGGGUCAGGGCCAGAGAGAUGAGCACCGCAACAGAGCUAGCAGAGCUUAA